AUGGCACAAUAUCCAAUACCAGCAUCAUCAACGCAACGUCAACAAGUACCAAUUGAAAUUCCACGAUCAUUUACUUCUAUUCAACGACCUAGUGUUGGUGGACCACCAUUUACAAAUUAUUUUGAUGAACACGUAAAAAAUAGCAAAUUACCUCGUUUAAGCGUUGCUAGUGAAAGAAAAAUAAAAUUUCUUCCACCAUUCUUAUCUCUACUGCUUGGUUCAAAUUAUUUUUUAAUUGUUUUAUGCAUUCUUCUUAUUGUUCCUGUUCUUGAAUUAGCUAUUGGUGUAGCUUAUCAAGAUCAAUGUCCAGUGAGUUCUUAUAUUCCGAAAUAUUUAAUUGUAACGGGUGCAUGUGGUAUAAUAGUUAUUGCUUUGACAAUAAUGAUUAUUGUUUCAUUUAUAUGUUGUAAUAAACAAGAUACAAUUGCUGGAUCAUGUCUUGGUACAUGUGUAAUUGCUAUUUUAAUUGUCAUUAUUUGUCUAAUGACUUUUUUUUUAUUUGCUUGGUUUAUUGCAGGUAAUGUUUGGGUAUUCGGAGCUCGAAAUAUAGUUGAUUUUGAUGAUAAAAAAUCGAUUAAUUAUUGUCAUUCAACUUUAUAUAAUUUUGCUUUUUGGAUAGUAAUUAUAACUUAUAUUAUGACUGUUGUUGGUUGUUGUGUAUCAUGUUGUCGUGCUUGUUCAAAGUCCUUAGCCACAUUAAAAGCAUAG